AUGUCAUCGAAUAACCAAUCGGAACCCCGAACCCUACGCUCCGGCAGAACAAUAAUAACAUCAGAAGCACAGGAACAUGUAUUCAGCACAGAAGAAAAUGAUCAAGAAACUUCAUCAGCUCACCACGACAAACCACAAGUACUAUUCGCGAAUCAUUUAACAACUCCGACGGUAAUGCAACAGUCGUCCACGGCGGCCGAUGUGGCAACCGGACUUUUGCCUCCAGCAGCAGACGAGUAUCACUUGACGAUGACCGAUCAUCAGCAUCCCUCGAACCUCUGUUCAUUCAAUAAUCACCGACAAUUUACGGACGAAGAAUCGACAACACUGAUCUCGCCUCAAAAUAAUACAGUGCAACAACCUACUAACAUUAUGCGUUCUUCAAUAGAACAACCAGACCCUGUAGCUGGACUUUCUGAGAUGGCCGGUAUUGUUCAGAUACAACGUAGGCAAGAACAACAACAAUAUUUAAAACAUUUGACAAAUAUUGAACGAUUAAAUACAUCGAACGUUGAUCAGUGGCAAUCAAAUAUGGAAUUCGUUUUUCGAUUAAACAACAUUCACCCACGAGAUUGGGUGACACACUCACUGAGCCGCGUCAACGACGCUGUCGCGCAGUGGUAUAAUCGGAUCGAACAACAAAUUGGCAACGACUGGGAUACGUUCAUUCGGAAUGUGCGACGUGCAAUCCGCCCGCCGCCGUCUCUAUCACAACAAUCUAUUCCCCUCAAUGCAUUACCGCUACUGGAUUCGCUCGAACCAUGGCCUUCAAUUGAUCCAAAGACAUCGACACGUCAAUGGGCGACAGACAUCAACAAGAACCUACUCGGUCUUGAUCAUUUAACAGCCACAAAAGGUUCAUAUUCACCACCCGACCGCUAUAUGGAACAACUGCUGAUCAAAGAAAAAGUGAACAAUAUGCCGAGAUUUUCAGGCAACGCAAACGAUGAUGUCGACGAAUGGCUGAGAAAAAUUCACAGCACCUUUGCGUCGACAAAAGCAAGCACACACCAAAAAUUCGAAUUGAUCAAUAAAUGUUUUUUAGGGGAAGCCGAAAACUGGUAUAAAAACAGAAGUCAUAGAUAUGCCUCCUGGGCCGACUUUGAAUCGGCAUUUAGAGAAUGA